AUGAGCCAUAUUUCUUCUCAGAAGAACGGCGGUAAUAAUGUUCCCCCUCCGCGACAAAUUCGCUUUGUGUCGACAGACGGUCAACCUCAGACAAAGCGGCGGCGUGUCAACGCGGCGUGCUUAACAUGUCGCAAGCGCAAGAUACGAUGCUCGGGUGAACAACCAGGGUACAGCGAGCCAACAACACAUGCCCGAUCACAAUCUGAUUCCAGUGCUCGAGCCGCGACAGUCGCACCUUUAUCGAUCUCUAGCGAGAAUACUUCGCGCGUGGCUCUGAAAGUCGAAACUCGUUCCCCAGAUCCUCCCGGUCGAGCUACCGUGCCUCCUGUCGAACGCAAUGACAGGCCUGUAGCGGAGCCCAUACCGUCGGAAGUGAAAGAGGCCUCAUCUGUCAGAGACAUAUCUUCCCAAACAACGAAAGAGCCUGAGCAGCAGACCUUAGCAGAAAGUCCAGAGAGCAGUCGCACUUCUCUAAGUUCAAGCGCUCGCACACAUGUCCCUUAUUUCAGGUAUUUUGGGCCAACCGCUAUAGUUCCCGGCUUCAAGCAGAUGGUUGUCCAAGUUAGAGGUUCUCGCAAGAGCAAUGCCUCAUUAUCAUCAGAGUCCCUAUCACCAUUACGAAGUCCCAAAUUUCCCAAUCAUGGCAUCAACAAUGUGAGCGGUAUGUCUGAUACCCGCGACAGCCGUGACUAUAACACUAUUCCGUUCUAUGAUCGCGAUGAUACUCUUCCUGUUAGCAAUCUCGUGAUGCAUCUUUGCGAUCUGUUUUUCGUGCAUCUAGGGUGCAGCUUUCCUUUUCUACAACGAGACAGGUUUCUACGCGACCUGAAAGACAAGAAGGUCGAUACAAUGCUGGUGGACGCGAUCUGUGCGUUAUCUGCUCGUUUUUCUCUCCAUCCGCUCCUGAGUCCGCCUCAGGCACCUUCGAUAGAUGGAUCCGAACCAGCAGUGGAUAUGAAGAAAUCAAACCGCGGUCAGCCAUUCGCUCAUAGAGCGAUGAGUGCUCUGGUCGAUUCACUCUCUUGUCCUACUAUCUCCGUUGUGCAAGCAUGCCUCUUACUAGCUUACGAGGAAUUCGGAUCGAAUCAUGAUAGCGGUCUCUGGAUGUACUUGGGAAUAUCCAUCAGGAUGGCGCAGGAUCUUGGGAUGCAGAAAGUCCAGGGUCUGGAAUACAAUUAUGGUCAGAGUGGGGUAACUCCAAAUGCUGUACUGACUGGACAAGCUGGAAAGUUGAGAGACGAUCAGUAUGAUGAACCGCAACCUUCCCCAACACUAAGGGGCCAGCCGCGCGACGCGGAAGGUCGACGUGCUUCGGAACGUGAACGAGUGGAUUCUUUUUGGAGCAUUUUCUUUCUCGAUCGAGUGAUCUCAUCUGGUACCGGAAGGCCUGUUACCUUGCGUGAUGAAGAGAUUGAACUCUGUUUCCCUCUUCAAUGCGAAUCCAGGCUGCCGAAUGGUUGGCCUGCACCAUUCCCUCCACUUAUCCGCAUCAUUCACUUGUACGGCAGAGUGACAGACCUCAUCAAUGGGAUUCAGGAUGUCAAGCAUGUAACAUCGGACACACUGAAGGUGCUGGCCGGCAUGGAAAGCGACCUGACAGGAAUAUACCAACGCCUAUCACCCAGGCUCCACUUCAACGCCGCAAACUUUCAAGCAUAUGUCAAGGCGAAAGAAGGAACAAAUUUCAUACUUUUACAUUUCUGGUUUCAUACCUUGAUAGUCUUGCUGCAUCAGCCGACGCUCCUUCAUUCAUUUGGAGGGACAAUUCAGCAUCUAUAUCCGAACAGCCGGGAAUUGUCGAUGUCCUCAGCCAAAACCAUUGCUGACAUCCUCUCUUUUUCAGAGCUUGUUGACGGAAAGAGUUUUAUUGGCAAUCCUUUCACGAGCCAGCCGAUGUACAUUGCUGCAUGCGCUUUUCUGAUGGAAAGUGCUUAUUACUCCUCGCCAUCAUCGAGGUCGUGUUCGCCUCCCAUCCAACCGCUUCUCACAAACCAAUCCAGUGGAUUUGUGAUGCCCAGCAUGGAUCCGGCCACCGGCUCUGAACGAGAACCUACCGCUAAGCACAUUCUUCUCGCAUCCGCUGCGAAAGAGAAUUACCAGAGAUGUUACAAAGCAUUGAAGGCGCUUGAGACCUAUUGGGAAGGUACAAGGUACAUUCUAACGGUCUUAGACCAAAAGGCCAAAGGGAUCGUGGACCCACUUUUGUAUACUGUGGAAGAGAUGGAAAGUACUGCUGGGCUAUCUUCUGUCCAGCCACUCGCGGCACAACCGUGGCGACGGACGCAAUCGUCUGAUGAUACGGUGGGUGCUGACCCAUCAGCGCCGGGCUCAGAUACACCAGCAGAAGGAAGGCGGUCGCCCAAAAUAGAUCCGAGUCAAGCUGACUGUCUUCGAGCUAUUGGAUGGGCUCUUACUGGUGCGACAAACUCUUCGCAGCCGAAUCUAAGCCUUCUUUAUCAGAUGCCUGCACAGACAGGACCUAUCCCGGAAAAGCCGACAUAUUCAUCUCAAUAUAGCCAUAGCUACCCCCAUAUACCUGUUCAACCUGAUGGUGGUGGGACUUCGUACUCAUACUCACAGGCCACAGAGUCAUCCCGGAGCACAAAAGCGACUCCGGGGCCAUCAAUGGCCUCUACAACUGCGCAAUAUUCACCCCUGGCAUCCUCCGGCAGAGUUACCACUUCUGAUGCUAACCUUCUCCUUGGUUUGAAUACGACUUAUCCCGGUUCGACCUCCCGUCUACCUAAUUCACGGUCGGCUUUCAAUCAUCAAAUACCUUCUGCUGCAUGUGGGCUUGAGGGUCACGCGCAAGUCUAUAAUUAUAACAUCCCUUCUACUGUGAGUGACGCUCAUACAGGGAGCGGGCACCUAAUUGCGCACAGCGCUGGACUGCAUUCUGAUGCCGAACCUGAUGCUGGAAAUGUGUUUAUCGAGAGCCAGGACGUUGAUAUGGCUAUGCUCCAGCAAAAUGAUCAGCUUCCCUUCGCGUUCAGCGGUGAGAUACUUCCAUGGCUUGAAUAUCUUCCACAGGACGUCCUCAAUUACUUUGGCGAUAAUCAGAAUUAUCCGGGCAUGCUGAGUCCGGAUGACGAAACCCCUCGACCACAUUAG